CUAUGACACAACUCCUAACAAAGGCCAAGUGUAACCAAUGAAAGGGACUGCAGUAUAGUGGCUCAAGUAAUAAAUAUCGAAUCCACGGGUCUCUAGAGUUACUAUUACUCAACUUCAGUUCAUUAUCUAGCAAACCAGAUUAAGAUGGAAGAACUAAAACUACUAUAACAAACUACAGUUAAAGUUAAUCUAAUUACUGGUUGGGAACUCACUUAGGUAUGAUUCCCCCUAUCCACUAGCAUGAUUAAUGAUUGAUGAUCUCUAACCUGUUUCACUUUCAUUCACAAUGUGGAGAAUCCUUGACUAGACCUUGAGUCUCGACUAAAGGAACAAGGCCCUCUUGAGUCAAUUGCCUAGAGGGACGUAUCCUUCUCUAGAACAACCGAUCAAGGUGUUCUGAACUAGAUUCCCUCUAUUGAAAGAGGUUCUCAAUCGAUACAAAGCAGUGAAUCAACCCUCGACUAAAGCAAUCGAUCCACUACUAUCAAUCUAUGGUGCUCUAUUGACCUAAUUAGGUAUUCGCUCUCAUAGGACCAAAGCAGAAUCAAUAAUCUCAACUAAAGCAGAAUUGAAUCAUGAAAACAUGCAUAGAUUGAGUAUGAACUCAAGAUUAUCAAGUCAAAGUGCUCAUACAAUCAUCCAAUCAAACAAACAUAGCUAGGGUUCCUCAAAAUCUAAGUGAAGGGAAGUUACUCCAUAGAGAAGAGAGAGACUGCAGUACGAAUCUUUAGAUGAUCGGUCUUCAAGUCCGGGCUUGUUCCUCGAGCUUCCAAGGCAAAGAAAUCCUCCAAUUCCACUCUUAGAAUGCCCUCAAAUCUCCCUCUCUCUCUUUGGUUCGUCCCUUGGGUGUUUGGGAUCUAAAACACAGCUCUCCCUUUCCUUUGGCUUCAAUCUGCCUCAAAAACCCGACUCUGGGCAAAACACGAUCGAGGACACGACCAUGUUUUACUUUUUCCCGCCCGUGUUUUUCCCCCAGCAGCCCUCGUCGGCCAAAACACGGUCGUGCCUAAAUAUGGACACGUCCGUGUUUUUCUUUAGACCAGCCCGUGUUUUUACUGCCGAACAUGUUCCCCUAUAUUUAAUGCUUCGUUUCUCCCUCGUCCGGACUCCGAAUCAGUCACCGUUUGAUCCCAGACGCUCGUAGUCUCGUCCUCUUUAUUUUCAUGACAAUCUUGCAUGAUUAUUUGUCCAUAAAGUGAGGUAGAAAUCCAUUCUUCUUCAGAUCAUGCCCGAGUUUCUUCUCCCUAAUCACCAAUUGAUCUCUGAUUGACUUGAAACUUGCGCCUAUGCUUCCCUUUAUGUGAUAGGACCUAAAAUGUGACAAAGGAACACAACCAAGCAUAAAAUAGACCAAAGAUGCGAUAAUUAAAGCUCAAACAGUCAAGAAACAAAGGGGAAAACAUGUGCAAAUAUCGAGUCAUCACCAACUCCUCUUACAUGAAGAACAACCAUACCAAUGGGGGUAUCAAGGAGCUUUCUCAUUACCAGAAGAAUUCCUUGACAACCGGAGCCAAGAAGUGAAUUGGAGCUCUUGGUGGAGCGGUUUGCCGGGGGUUCCGAGGGAGCAUCCUCUAGUGUAGAAUAACCUUGCUACAUUCCACAAGAACUGACGUGCCAAUUGGAGCUAAUGGUGUAACGGUUCACCCAGGAUACCGAAGCAUGCUCCAAUAUGGAAACCACCACCCCUAUCAACUCCUCAUUCCUACAAGCAUCAGAUGAGCUCCUACGAAACUCGGAGAGGCUAAGAAUGAUUGUUGAGCAAGCAUGUGCACAACUUGCUCACAAUCUCUUCUUGCCAUUUGAAAAGGAAGAUAAAGUCGAGGAGACAAUCCAUAAGUACGGUGGGGAGCAAGAAGAACUCAUCCCGAAGAGCUCCCAAGAUGAUGUUGAGCAAUCAAGUUCUUUGGUGGUAGACCACGUGCUUCCGUCUUCCGCUUCGAGAUUUGAAGAGUUGUGUACAAAGGAGGAGAUGCAAGAGGAUCAUAUGGAAGAAAUGGCUUGGGAACUUGCCCUUCAUUGUGUGCUUGGGGAAGAAUGGGAAAAGGCGAAAAGGAAGGUUGUAUAUGAGGAAGUGAACAUCGAAGAAGAGGGAGAUAUUGGUUGUUCCCAAGGGGAGGAAAUUUGAAGAAGAAGGAGAAACUGGUGUUAAAGAUGAGGACGAGGUCGAGGUGGAUGAAGCAUCCACAAGUUACAAGUGUUGCCAAUGCUUUCUACCCGGCCAUGAUGCGCUUCUCGAGAAUUACCCAUUUGCGGCUCUUUGUCAAGACAACGCCAAACCACCGGCGAUCCCUCUUGACGGAUGCGAUGGAAGUCAAUCGAUGAUGGACUACAUGGUGUUGGGCAAAGAGAAAGAAGAAGAGGCAAAGAGAAAGAAGAAGAAAAGAAGAAGAGGUCUCGUGGGUGGAGAAUCAAAGCCGAUCAAGUUCACAAACUAUGAAUCAUGGAUUCGUCCAAUGCUCAAUGCUUGAGAAUUCAUCUCACCGACAAGAACCUCAACUUCAAGGAGGUUUUCGGAUGUACCGAAUAUUGAGGAGAAACCAUCUAGCUUAUGACGUAAAAGUAGUGCUUGUUGGGAGGCAACCCAAGAAAGGUUUAUGUUUGUUUUUAUGUUAAGUAUUAUUAUUGUGAAAUAACCUCGCAUUGUGCGAGAAUGUGUUUGUGCUUUAGCAUUUUCUCCAUGUGAAGCCUUCUUUCGUCUUUUGAAAUCGGCCCACUUAUGUCCCGACUUUCACUCGCCAAGCUAUGCGGUAACAUUGUUCUACCCCUUAAUUUAUGUCAUUGAGGGAAAUGUCGAGCUUAAGUUGGGGUAGUUUAUUAUUGUGCUUGUGUUCGUGAUUGAACGCUUGGAGUCUAGGUGUAUGCCCAAAUAUUUAAAAUUUGAGGGCUCCAAGCACUGCAUAUUCAUUGUUGCCGUUGUAGGAGAAUCUCAUGUUUAUUGGCAUUGAAAUUGAAUUGUUUACUUGUGAUCGAGUGCAUCCUAUUAUGAUGUUUGAGAAUUGCAUUAGGAUAAUGCAAAUGUUUAGUUCUCAGGUGUGCAUAAAUGAAUGGAUGUCUUGAUUUGAGUACUCCUUGAUUACAAUUGCCAUGCAUUGAAUUUUGUGAAUUGGAGUAGAUGAUUGGGUGGCUAGGUAGCCAUGUGAGUUUUGUGUCGAUCGUCUCUUUCAUGUGUGGUAGAUCCCUCUCGCCGUGGUGUGCAACAUUCACCGUUGUCACUAGUGAGUAUGAUGGAGGCAUAAGAUUAGGCCACACCCAAAAACUUGAUUGUCCUGAAACAUUUAAUCCCCUAGUCAACCCCUUUAAGUCGUGUAACUUUGGGUGUCAUUCUAAUAUUAGGAGCUUUGUGCUUAUUGAGCUUAAUGUUGAUUUUGAAUGUUCACGGUCGUGAACUGGGACCAUGAACAGCCGUCGAUCUGGGUAUAAAAGGGAAAGUGAGCUGAAGGAGAAAGGAUGAGCUUUUUCUAGGGUUUUAGUUUUCAUAAUAAAGGAUCAUUUCUAGU